AUGUACACCAUCAGCGACUACGACUAUGAGUGCACGAAAAAGUGUCGUCUAGUGAGCCAUGGCAACGCCAUCACGGCCGCCCUUACCAAGCGCGCGAUCACAGACGAGCUGCUGGCGGCGUUUAUCGCCAAGACGUGCCGCAAUUUCGCCCACAUCCUUGAUGAUUGCGGCCGGUCGGCGUUGCACAUGGCCGCAUCCGUUGGCCGCUACGCCAUCGUCGAAUGGUUGAUCAAUCAGGGAGCCAGCCUGUCGCUGAAGGAUCAUGAGUCCGGUCACACGGCGUUACACCGGGCGAUGUAUUACGGUAGCGUAGGCGCGGCCGUCCUGCUCGUGAAGCACGGUGCCGCCCUGGACGCUGCGGAUGACGAUUUCGUGAAUCCGGUGCAGCUGUGCAGUAACGUGUCGGAGCAACGCUGCACCAGUGCGGCGAACGGUCGCGAAGUGCUCGGCCCAGAGCUGAUGGUUUGGGGACAGAACAAGAACUACAACCUCGGGCUUGGGGAUGCGCAAGACAAGGGCAACCCCGAGAGUAUGGAGUUCUUCCGCAAAACGCGUACCACCAUUCGGAAGCUGGAGAUCAGCUCGUACCACAGCGUGUUCCUGACGCACCGGCUGGGCGAGCUGUACACGGUCGGGCACGGUUUCGGCGGACGGCUAGGCUUGGGGAUGGAGGACACCAUCGCGUGCCCGAUGAAGGUUCCUGUCCCGUUGAAGGACGACGAGCGGAUAGUGGACGUGUCCGCGGCAAAACAUCACACACUCAUCCUCACGGACGCCAGUCACAUAUACUCCUGCGGAGAGAACACACACUGCCAGCUGGGUAUUAAACCACCGCCACCGAAGCUACUCACCUUCAAGGAGAUAACUGGUCAAUCGAUACUUGCAGGCAAAACUGUAAAACGUGUGAUAGCGCGUGACUACCAUUCCAUCGCCGUCCUCGAAGGGGACCUGUACGUGUGGGGCCUGAACGGGGGCCAAUUUGGGUUGAAGCGGGACCCGCGAAGCGAGACGAUCAUGCUUCCGAAGCCGAUCCCGCUCUUACCGGAGGGUACCAUGCUGAAGGACGACGCUCACGCCGUGCGGCGGGACACGACCAUUAAGCUAGUCGAAUCGUGUAACGCGGCCGUCGUUGUUUACACGGUGAAAAGCUUUCUGCACAUUUUCUACGGAUUCAAGGUGAAAACGUACAAAAAACCACUAAUGGAAAAGAUCGAAUGCCUCUCGGUGGCCGGUGGGGAACUGCAGACCACCGAGCAGGAAGAUGUCCACCGGGGUACGACCGAUUUGCGGGUGCUGGUGUUUACAGCGUCGCGCAACAUCUACAUCUGGUACGAGGACUCCCAGCAGUUCGUGCGUUGCCUGUUCGCCCAAUCGCGUAACCUCGAGGUGGAGAAGAUCCGGUGGUGCUCGAACAAUGCGCUGGUGUUACUGCUGGGGAAUCUUUACCAAGGCACCAUCACCAACAAGCUGCCCCGGACGGUGCGUACGCGUCAGCAAAGCGAUUUCAAGGAAACGCACACCCGAAAGGAGCUCUGCGAAACGCUGCAAAGCCGGAUCGAGCUACGACGCAUACGGAACCUCAGCAACGUGGUGGAUUUCGCGUGCGACGCAGAAGGCGAAAACUACGCGGCGCUGGUCGAGAACACGCGGCGUUGCUUCUGCGUACCAGAACUGGUUGAAUCGAACUACGACUACGGCACGCUGCUGGCCGACGCGUCCGAGAUGGACGGCGUGCACGAUGUGGUGCUGUACGUCGAGGGGCAACCGUUCGCUAGCCACCGGUUUAUCCUGUACCACCGAUCAGAAGUGCUGCGCGAGCUCCUGCAGCAACACCCGGAGCAACAGGAGUUCGAUCUAAAGGAACACGGGUUCGGGAACAUGACGAUCGGAGCGUUUCGACUGGUGAUGCGGUACCUGUACACCAACCAGCUCAUAUCGCGGGCGGACGUUGAGCGGUUGGUGAGUAAACCCGUCCAAACGGGCUCUACAUCGGUUGACCACGGCGCCGUGAAAGCGAUGAGUGCUAAGCUAAAGACGAUUAUCGAUCAGAUGCAACUCACCGCCUUAACGAAAUCGCUAAAAACUCUGCAAACGGAACCCCCCAUAGAACCGUUCCCGAUGCUGCGACACGACUCCUUCCCGGAGCUGUAUGAUCUCACGAUCGAGCUGCAGGACGACAAACGAAUGCGAGCGCACAAGUGCGUGCUGGUCGCCCGACUCGACUACUUCAGCAUGAUGUUCACGCACGGUUGGACAGAGCGGCGAACCACGGUCGAUCUGAGAACGGUUCCGCGCGAGUACAUGGACGUGAUCGUUCCGUUUCUGUACGACAACGACUACGGUCGGGUGCGACGGCAGCGUUACUCGGAGAACUUCCUGCUAAGCAUGGUCAUUAUCUGCGAUCAGUUCCUGAUCGAGGAGUUGAAGAGCAUCUUCGAGACGAUUGUCAGCCAACGGGUGCACCUGCGUAACGUGGGUGAGCUGCUCGAGUUCGGGUACCAAUACAACUGUGAAUUGCUCAAGAGCGUGUGCAUGCAGUUUAUCAGCGUUAAUUUUGCGCGGCUGCUCGAGUGGCGUCUGCUGGACGGCCUGGAACCAACCGUGCUGCUGCAAAUCGACCACUUCUACAAGGAGUUUUUCCGCCUAUCCGACUACCGUACGAUAACGCCCUUCGCAGUGGCGAUCGGAGAUGAAGAGUUGGAGCAGUUUGUGACCGACUUCCGGGUCGAUCUCGACCACAAACCAUCGGACAGGGCGGGUGAGCAGACGAACGGAGCACCGGAACUGGGGAGAGUCGGCAAGGUCACGCCACGCAGCAAGCACUCCGGCUUGUCUAAGCUCCAGCGGGAAAAGCGUAACUACGAAAAGGAAGCCAUGGCGUACCUCGAGCGGUUGGUGUUGGAGGAGGCAGCUGCGGUCAAGGAGCGUAAAAUUUCGGCCAGCAAAACGGCCCAAGCUCGAACGUCGGUUCCUCCGUUGAGCGUUCCCGCGCACGAUCCAGUUGAGUCCGCAGACGAACGGCCAUCGAACAAACCGUGGCAAACGGUGGUGGCGGCGGCUGACGCGAAACGGAAAUCGGCUCUUACCGCGGCACUACGCGUUAACGAGCUCAUGAAGGAGGAAGCCCGGCAACCGUUGGCCGAAGCGAACUUUUCCAGCCUGCGUACCGUGCUCGAGCGAAGCCCAACGGCACCACAGCUCCACCCGAUUCGGUCACCGGAUGAAGGGUACGAAUCGGCCGGCAAUGUACCGCGGGGCGCCAUCAACUUGGCGGAUUUUGCCAUCCAGAACGGGAACCUUUCGCAGAAGCAACGCAAACGGCUCAACUCGGAAAAGUCACGAGCGAAAGCGGCCGAAGCAGACCAAGCCAAACAAUCUGGCUCCGAUACACCUGUGGUCGUGCCCGUGGCUAAUCCGUGGAAAAACAUCAACAGCAUCCCGGCGGCAGAACUGUUUAAAAUUGGCGAUUCUCCGCCCUUGGGUUCGCCGGACGUUUCGGGACCAACUGGAAGCCGUCGGCAACGGAAUCCUAGCACCAACGUAGAGCAAAAUAAACAACAGCAGAACGCGACAACUGCCACCGGAGCUGAUCUGUGUUUGGAUGCGUCCGCGAAGAAACAGCGCCAGCGGCAGUCCAGCACUCGGUGCAGCGUCGGAGAGAAAGACUUCAACGAGAUCCUGGCGGAGGAACGGCGUCAGAAGCGGUACAUCGAGAUGAUCAAAUCCAAGUCAUUGGCGCAUACGCAGAUCGAAGAGCGUGCGAUCGAGGAACUGCGUGCAUUCUACAACGUCGACCAAGUGUUCGAUGAGAGCAUCACAGUCGAGCGGUACCGACCGCCACUGCUGGAGAAUGCACCCAAUUUUGCCGUGUGGCAAUACCAGUAAGUAAACGUGACUGCCAGGAAUCGCGUCCCCCCGUGUACAGCG